AUGGACCAGUCCAGUCUUCGUAGCCUAAACCCUAAUUCAUCUUCCACCACUUCCUCAUCAUCUUCUUCUUUCCACAGCCACAAAGGCAGAAAAAAGGGCAACAAAAAUCAGUCAGUGUCCACGUUAUCGACGGAUCCACAGAGCGUGGCUGCCCGUGAGAGACGCCACCGAAUCAGCGACCGUUUGAAGAUUCUACAGAGCAUGGUUCCUGGUGGUGCGAAGAUGGACACCGUCUCUAUGCUCGACGAAGCCAUCAGCUACGUCAAGUUCUUGAAAGCUCAGAUCUGGUUUCACCACAAUAUGCUUAUUUUCUUCAACGACUACGAAACUACGUCGCCUUGUACUUAUUCUCCCGCCGGUGUCAGUGAAUUUGAACCAAGACCCUUUGGUUUUGAUGACAAUUAUACCCCUGUAGCGGAGACGUAUCCACAAGGGACGCCACUACUUACGGCUGCCGACCCGAAUAAUCCGAUGUGGUAUAAUUCGGCUGAUGAUGACUAA